AAUUCCAAACGAAGAGAUGUCCGACUCAUGAGUGGGUGACUAGUGAGCAUGAGUGGGUGGUGUUGUGAUGGAGCUGAGAAGCAUGUCCGACGCGCUCCAAUUCCACGCGCAACUCCUGAAAGGGGGCACCCAAAACGACGACGCAGCGCGCAACGUCUCCAAGCUCUUCACUUUCGCCGCCCUCUCUCCCGGCGGCGACCUCUCCUAUGCUCGCCUCCUCCUCCGCUCCAUCCCCCGCCCCAACUCCUAUUACUACAACACGAUCAUCCGCGCCUAUUCCCGCAGCCCCGACCCCACCCACCACUUCCACGCCCUCUCUCUCUUCCUCUCCAUGCUCCACCACCAACCACCCCAACCCGAUAACUUCACUUACCCCUUCCUCCUCAAGUGUCUCGCCCGCUUGAAACUCACCCCACAAGGUAAACAGAUCCAUGCUCUCAUCACUAAGACGGGUUUUGGGUCGGAUCAGUAUAUCCAGAACGCCUUGAUCCAUAUGUAUUCUGAAUUUGGCGAGUUGGGGUUUGCUCGCGAGGUGUUUGAUAGAAUGCCUCUGAGGGAUGUGGUUUCUUGGACUUCAAUGAUUGAUGGCCUUGUCAACGCUGACCGCCACGUCGACGCCUUGGCCUUGUUUGAUAGCACACUGAAGGCUGGGAUAGAGGUCAAUGAUGCCACGGUGAUGUCUGUUUUGAGGGCCUGUGCUGAAACCGGAGCUUUGAGUGUGGGGAAGAAGGUGCACAUGAUUGUGAAGGAGAAGAGGAUUGAUUCUAAGGCGAAUGUUGGCACUGCCCUUGUUGAUAUGUAUGCUAAAAGCGGGUGCUUGGAGAGUGCACGGAACGUGUUUGACAAUGUUGUGGACAAGGAUGUUUUUGUUUGGACCGCAAUGAUCUCUGCCCUUGCUAGCCAUGGAAUGUGCCAGGAAGCUAUUGGGAUGUUUGCUGAGAUGGAAACCUGUAGGAUAGAACCUGAUGAGAGGACAAUGACAGCGGUUCUCUCAGCGUGUAGGAAUUCAGGCUUGGUUAAUGAAGCUUAUGUGUUUUUGAAUGAUGUGCCAAAACGUUAUGGUAUAGAGCCUACAAUUCAGCAUUUUGGCUGUGUGGUGGACCUCCUCGCGAGAGCAGGGCGUUUGAAGGAAGCCGAGGAUUUCAUUAAUACAAUGCCUAUCAAGCCUGAUGCAGUUCUUUGGAGGACCCUGAUAUGGGCCUGCAAACUUCAUGGGGAUACCGACAGAGCAGGGCGUCUCGUGAAACACCUCAAACUGCGAAGGAGAACUGCUGAUGAUGAUAGUGGGAGUUACAUACUCACUAGCAAUGUUUAUGCGUCUGCAGGGAAGUGGUGUAACAAAGCAGAGGUGAGAGAGUUGAUGAACAGAAGGGGAUUAACUAAGCCUCCAGGGUGUAGUAGGAUUGAAGUUGAUGGCACUGUAUGUGAAUUUUCUAUGGGAGAUUAUAAUCACCCUGAAGCAGAGAAAAUAUAUGACAAAUUGGAUCAGAUUGUAGAUGAAAUUAGAAAGGAAGGGUAUAAUCCGAGAGUAUCAGAGGUGUUGCUUGAGAUGGAUGAUGAGGAUAAGGCCAUUCAGUUACUUCAUCAUAGUGAGAAGCUAGCUCUUGCUUAUGGACUAAUCAGGAAUAGGCAGGGUUCCAAAAUCCGGAUUGUGAAGAAUCUAAGGUCUUGUGAGGACUGUCAUGAGUUUAUGAAACUAGUGUCUAAGAUAUACCAAAGAGAGAUCAUAGUAAGGGACAGGAUACGUUUCCAUCAUUUCAAAAAUGGUGACUGCUCUUGCAAGGAUCACUGGUAGCUAUGGUAUCUGCUCUGGCCAUGGAAACAUUCGAAUUAAUGUUCAGUGACGAUGUGGACAUGAUUGAAGAUCAUGAGUGAAACUCAUUAAUCAGCUAUGGCACCCUUCUGAUCGGAUACAUGAAUGUAUGAAGUAAACUGAUUAUAUUGGUCAUGGAUAAAUAGAUUGGUUGUAUGAAGUUAACGGUUUGAGUAAAGGGAUAUGAAAGGGGGGGACCACGUUUAUUUUUUGAGGGAACAAAUCAUUUGAAUCAUUCCAUCCAUUGGUUCUUGCAUGCGUCCUGAUUUUUUUUCCCCUCAUAUUCCUCGCUUUGGGGGAUCGAUUGCUCAUUCUUGUCACGCUGGUGGUUCCACCGGAGAAGGCGUUGUCGAUAUUCGAAUCUGUACCAUCUCGAGUUCGUGUCCGGUCUUCCUCGUGUUAGCUAUGACGUCCAACCAGAUGGAGGUUGUGGAUGGUUGCUGCGAAGAAGACAUCGGCUGAUAAGGUGUUCGGAAGCAAUAAGAGUUUGAACUAUGAGAUUUCUUCGUCCCGUCACGAUGAUCAUGGAGCUGAUGGUGGAAUGUUAUUCAUAGAGAUUUGAGCUGAAAAGACCAAAACGUCUUGAUCCUCAUGCGUGACACUGGUGGUGGCCACACAGCUUCCACUGAGGCCAUCCAUAAUGCCUUCCAAAUUGAUUCAGUGACGAGUAUAGGGGUAGUGAAGGAGGCAUUGGGUUCAAGUAGGGGGCAUGUAAGGGACUAUAUGCUUUACAUUGGGGCUCUCUGGACAGCAUACUUAGUGAUUAAAUGUUAGCUCUAAUUAUUGUUUUGGUUGUGAAUCGAAUCGUUCAUCUUAGUUUCAUUAUAGUUACUUUGAUUUAUUUCAAAGUUAUGCAAAUCUUUGUUAUUUUUCCCCCUGUGAUGUUAUAAACCCACCUCUUCGUGAAGUCAAUUUAUCUGGUGGAGAACCAACAUCAUCCAGGUUUGUCCAUAAUUUCUUGAUAUUGACUGAUUGUGGUUGUUAUCUUGAUGAUGCCGAAAUGCUUUAUUCAUAGGCAAAUUGGUCAUGUUGCAUCUUGUGAUGAAUAUCAAUUGCCAAUAACUGGUUCCAAUAACUUCCAUUUCCACUAAUUGGAUAGAUAAUUUUCUACUGAUUUGGUUGAUUUAUUUUUUAAAAACUAAUGCUGAUGCUGAAUGUGAGUAUUUAAUCACUUUUGUUAUGCAUAACACUUUUAAAGGUAGCAUUCUUGCAUCUCAUUUUGUCAAUCAACUAAUUCGUUUGACCUCAAUCGAUUUAGGAAAUAACUGCUUUAUUCUUUAUUGCUGUUAAUUUGAAAUUUUGAUGAGAUUUUAUGUAGAAAAUCACUAAGAACUCUUAAGGAGUGGUUAAGUUUCUAAUAACUGCAGUAAUGAAGGAAUUUUUUUAUAAGAGGAAAUAUUAAUAAUACGAAAAGAAAGUUAUUAUACAUAUGAAAGAGGAUAGAGAGAUCCCUUUAUGCCGAUCAUAUGUAGCCUUAAUUGGGUAGACCUUAGAAGCAAGAAAGCCCUCUAUUAAAAUAGGAGAUGGCGGCAGGGAAGGAGAGGAAGUAUGACAUGCUUAGUCAGAAAGGAUUGUGGUUAAAACAAGUUGUGUUGCCGCCCUUUCAGUGAGAUUUGCAAAUCAUGGGCACCCCACUACGGUGGUCUCAACUGAUCCUGCUCGCUCCUUAAGCAUACUAUUGAGCUGAAUUAUUAGUGACUCGUUAUUUAUUAUAAAAUUAUUGCAAGACGAUAGUCACUCUUGCUUUUUCCCCUCCUUUAUCAAUCAGCUGCAAAAUUUACUUAUAUAUUUUUUAUCAACUUUGUUUAGUGCUCAUGAAAAUCUGUUCUGGAUUGCUCUUGAAUAUUGUAAGGUCACCUAUUGAUUUAAGGUAUAUUUUCCAGAAUGUUACCUCAACUUCCUUAUAACUUGUUUUUGUUCAAGGGGCGAGGAACAGUUGCCACUGGCCAUGUUGAGUAAGGAAUCAUAAAAUUUGGUGAUGAAGUUGAGGCUUUGGGACUGAUGCAUGGUAUGUUUACUGAGGCUUUUCGUGGGUUUUGGGUUUCUUUUAAAUCUAAUUUAUUCCUUUUGAUUAAAAUGCCAAUUGUUGACAUUUAGUUACAUCUGUUAAUUAUGGCCAUUCUUGCAUUCCAUGUAUAGCUAUGAGCUAGGACCUAUGGUUGAUAGCAUUUUGCAAACUUUUGAUGCUUUCCACUUGCAAUGCUGCUAUGCAAAUGUAUUGUGAUUUCUGUAACUAAGAUAGCAAAUCUUUUAGCUGUGAAUUAGAUUCUAAUUUUUAGUAUUCUUGAAUCAAUACAAGACUCAAGGUCUGAAACUUUGGGCAUCAUGUUUGAGUUAA